ACAGGUGUAUAAAAAACCGGUUUUAGAACCGUAAUCCAAAAAUGAGGGUAUUAUAAAAACCAUAAGACCAUUCGACAUCCAAGUUUGUUGGCUGUCACCUUUAACCCUUCUCUCCAAGACCCUGCAACUCACCAGCUCCGAUUCAUAGAAACCUCCGACGACACUCCGACUACACCUCGUAUUACCCUCUCUUCUUUCCGAACGAGUCUCCGGCGACCUCAUCCCCACUCCGUUCACUUAACGGCAGCUCGCGUCUCCGGUACUCGGAACACCGCUUCGAUCUACUCAGCUCACACUCUGAUACGACCCUCAAUCCAGGCCUAUCGCACACUGAUUGUUGGGCCCACUUCCUUCCACACAUGUGACUUGGUCGCACUAUGGAAGAAUGUUUGGGAUGGUAGUGUGCACCGAAAAACAACUUUGACCGGUGUGUUGAAUGCGUUGACUUUUCCGGGUGCGGUUUUGUUUGUUCUUUGUGUGUUCAUGGAGAGAAAACCAACCGACAGUUCGCUUUACGAGCCGUUGCAAGCAAAUACUGAUAUUGUUACUGAUACUGAUGUUGUUACUCCGAAGGCUAGAGCAGGAACUUUGAGUAUACUCACCUUCUGGUGGCUUAAUCCGUUGUUGUUAAAAGGAAAAACGAAAGUUCUUGAUGCAAACGAGAUCCCGAAGCUGCAACACGAGGAUAGAGCGGAAACAUGUUAUUCAAAGUUCAUGAAAAUAUUGGAGAAACGAAAGGCAGAGAGUGUGACGGGUGAUCCGUAUAUGUUGUCCACUUUGUUUGUGUGGCAGUCGAAACAACUUGUGAUCACGGGGUUGUUCGCGCUAAUUAAGGUGCUUUCGCUGGCUUCGGGGCCGAUAAUUUUAAGGGCUUUUAUAAAGGUUUGUCAAGGGAAGCAGACAUUUGAGCAUGAGGGUUAUUAUCUCACUUUAGGAUUGUUUAUUUCUAAGUGUUUAGAAUCAGUUGCGGAAAGACAGAUGAAUUUUAGAAACCGAGUGAUUGGGGUGCAAGUGAAAUCUAUGUUAUGUGCGGCGAUUUUUCGGAAGCAGCUGCGAUUGUCGAAUGAUGCUAGAAUGAGUUACUCUCCGGGUCAGAUCAUGAACUAUGCGACCGUUGAUGCUAAUAGAAUCGGGGAGUUUCCGUUUUGGUUUCACCAGAUUUGGACAAUUGGUUUGCAAAUAUUUCUUGGGAUAUUUAUAAUUUAUUUUUCAGUUGGAGUAGCGGCGUUUACGGCUUUGUUGGUUAUAAUCUUAACCGUUUUAGGGAAUAUUCCAUUGGGUAACUUGCAGCAGAAGAUUCUAACGAAGCUUAUGGCUGCGCAAGACCGAAGGUUGAAGGCUAUAACGGAAGCUAUUACAAACAUGAAGAUUUUGAAGUUGUACGCUUGGGAGAGUCACUUCCAGAAGGCAGCUGAAAAGUUGAGGAAUGAAGAGAUGAGGUGGUUAUCGGCAGUUAUAUCGCAAAGAGGUGUCUACUUGAUGUUGUUUUGGUCGUCUCCUGCGAUUGUAGCGUGUGUGACUUUUUAUACAUGUUAUUACAUUGGAAUUCCGCUUGAUGCCAGCAAUGUAUUCACGUUUCUAGCAACGAUUCGGAUCAUUCAAGAGCCAAUUCGUCUUAUUGCUGAUACUGCAGCCGUGUUUAUAGAAGCAAGGGUGGCGCUAACGCGUAUUCUUAAUUUUUUGGAGGCACCCGAGUUGCAAAAAGAACGAAAGAAGCAUGUAAACAUCGGAAACCAAUCGCUAAUAAUCAACGCUGAUGCAAUUUCAUGGAACAAUGACGAUUCAAAACCGACUCUAACCGGUGUAAAUUUUGAAAUUCCGACCGGUGAAAAAGUGGCUAUAUGCGGGGAGGUUGGGUCCGGUAAAUCGACACUCAUAUCAGCUAUUUUAGGAGAGGUUCCAAACAUUAAAGGCACCAUUGAAGUUUAUGGAAAGAUAGCAUAUGUUUCACAAACGGCAUGGAUCCAAACAGGGACUGUUCGAGAAAAUAUUUUGUUCGGGUCAGUAAUGGAUGAAGAAAAGUAUGAAGAAGUGGUUAAGAAAUGCUCACUCGUGAAGGAUAUUGAGAUGUUUCCAUUUGGUGAUCAAACGAUUAUAGGAGAAAGAGGCGUAAAUCUGAGUGGUGGACAGAAGCAACGAGUUCAGCUUGCACGCGCGUUGUAUCAAGAUGCAGAUAUAUACCUUUUGGACGACCCAUUUAGCGCCGUUGAUGCCCAUACUGCAGCCAGCUUGUUCAAAGAAUACAUAAUGGAAGCCCUAUCAAGCAAGACGGUGUUACUUGUAACUCACCAAGUCGAUUUCUUGCCUGCUUUUGAUGACAUCUUGUUAAUGGCAGACGGAAAGAUUGUGAAAACAGGAACCUAUGCUCAAUUGCUUGAUUCAUGCAAAGAGUUCCAAAUCCUAGUUAUUGCACUUAGUACUACUUCUGGUUCAGAUAGUCUAUCGGCUGAUAGUUCUCAACAACAAUCUAACUCCGCAAAUCAAGAAAUAGAAAAUGUUUACGUGAAAGAACAGAUUGUAGGAGAACAACUCAUAAAGCAAGAAGAACGAGCAGCAGGGGAUACUGGCCUAAAGCCAUACAAACAGUAUCUUAGCCAGAACAAAGGCUACUUCUACUUCUCUCUGUCGGUUUUAUCACAUUUGUUGUACAUAAUCGGAAUGCUCUUGCAAAAUGUGUGGUUGGCUGCUAAAGUGCAAGAUUCUACGGCGAACCAGUCAACCAUGUUACUAGUAUACACGAUCCUUGCUUUUGUGAUGAUGUUCUUUUUGUUUGGUAGAUCUUAUUUUGUGGUUAAACUAGGAACUAAGGCAUCUAUAGCAGUUUUCUCCAAGUUAAUAACGUCGCUUUUCAGAGCGCCAAUGUCCUUCUACGACUCGACGCCAGUGGGAAGAAUAAUUAGUCGGGUCUCGUCUGAUCUGAGUGUUGUAGACAUUGAAUUGGCAAUGAAGUUCACGAUUGGAUUAGGCACAACGAUGAACACAUACGUUAGCUUCGGGAUCUUGGUGUUCCUAACUUGGCCUAUCUUGUUCGUGAUCAUUCCGACGGUUUAUGUGACGAUACUUCUACAAAGAUACUAUUAUGCCUCUGCAAAGGAGUUGAUGAGAUUAGAUGGCACGAGUAAAUCGUUAGUUGCAAGCCAUCUAGCACAGUCGAUUGCUGGAGUUGUUACGAUCAGAGCUUUUGGAGAAGAAGACCGUUUCUUUUCAGAGCAUAUGAACCUUAUCAAUGGCAAUGCUAGUCCAUUCUUUCAUAGUUUUUCAGCAAAUGAGUGGUUGAUUCAACGUCUAGAAAUGCUAUGUGCGGUUGUUGUUUCUAGCUCUGCCUUAGCCAUAACUUUGCUUCCCUUUGAUGCUUCAGCCUCGGGAUACAUUGGAAUGGCUCUUUCCUAUGGUCUCUCAUUGAACAUUUUCCUUGUUGUUUCGGUUCAAUACCAAUGUCAGCUAUCAAAUCUGAUAGUUUCAGUCGAAAGAUUGGAUCAAUACAUGCAUAUUAAGAGUGAAGCCCCAGAAAUCAUAGAAGACAACCGACCGUCAAGAAGUUGGCCAAGCAUUGGUAGAGUUGUCAUAGAAAACCUGAAAAUCAGAUAUCAACCUAAUUCCCCUUUGGUUCUUCACGGAAUCAGCUGUGUAUUUGAAGGAGGGCACAAGAUUGGAAUCGUAGGAAGAACGGGUAGUGGCAAAACAACUUUGAUUAGUGCUUUGUUUCGCUUAGUUGAACCUACAGACGGAAGGAUAGUUAUAGAUGAUUUAGAUAUCACUUCAAUUGGACUUCAUGACCUCAGAUCAAGCUUUGGAAUCAUCCCACAAGAACCAACAUUAUUCACUGGUUCCAUUCGAUACAAUCUUGAUCCCCUAUCGGAGCAUAGUGAUCAAGAAAUAUGGAAGGUUCUUGAGAAAUGCCAACUUAGAGAGGUCAUUCAAGAUAAAAAGGAGGGAUUGGACUCGUUGGUUGUGCAAGAUGGCUCAAACUGGAGCCUGGGACAAAGGCAACUAUUUUGCUUAGGAAGAGCCCUUUUAAAGAGACGGAAGAUACUUGUACUCGAUGAAGCCACAGCGUCAAUCGACAAUGCAACAGACACCAUCAUACAGAAAACUAUUCGCGAAGAAUUCAAAGAUUGCACUGUAAUAACAGUUGCUCACAGAAUACCAACUGUUGUAGACUGCACAAUGGUGCUUGUUAUGAAGGACGGAAAGGUGAUGGAAUAUGACAAGCCCGUGACAUUGAUGAAUGAGCCAGCGUCCUUGUUCGCGCAGCUUGUUAACGAAUAUUGGUCGCAACAUAAGACCUCGUAAUCGGGUAUGAAGAUGCUGGAACAAGGAAUAAAAGAUUUCACAUUAUAUUUCCAGAUAGAUCAACUGAGGCCUCAUUCAGACAUCAAUAAUUUGACUGAUGGCAUGAUUACUCCUGCUUCUUCAUCUAGUAACUUGUUUGGUGUUGCUACAAUUUCCUUUUUUUUCCAUUUAGAGACUUGAUUUAUGAUAUUAUAUAGGGUUUGAAUAUUUCGAAAUCCAUAUGAUUGUGGUAAUAAUCAUUAGAAGAUUGUGGUGAUGACCGUGUUUUGAGAGA